AUGCCAUAUGACAUCCGGCCUCGGCUCACCUACAAAACACCCCCAACGCAGCCUAAGCUCAAACGAACCCCGACUCGGAUCACGUUCACCCAACUCAAUCCCUUCAUCGCCCACCUUGGUCCGCUCGUCUUCAUCGGCGAACUUCGAACGGUAUCACGCGCAAAGUCGACUGAAGAAAUCGAGCAGUCUGUUCCCUCCGUUCUCGACUCUGCCGCGUCCAUCCUAGCGUCCAUCGACGACUCGCAUCCAGAGGAACAAGUAUCUGUAGAGCCCCCCUGCCUCUCGGAGCAGUGGCCGUUGAGUUUCAGAAGCAGGAGUCCCAGUCCUCUGGGUGCAAGGAACAUAACUGAUGCCGGUGUACCCGUCCAUAACCUCCUUCUGAGCCCACAUGCACCGCAUACCACCUUCCCCGUCGUCGGCCGCAUUCACCCACCCAGCUUCCAGCGAUCAGGCCUACGAUCCAGACACAGACGGCUAUGCUCUUCAUCUUCGUCUUCCCCUACUAUGACGACGGCGCAAGAACACCCGCUUGCUUCGCUUCCAGAGCCUGACGAUGGUGAUGUCGGCGCGGGGGACGAAACGGAGGAUUCAGCCAAAGGGAGGAAACGCAAAGCACAGGCAAAGGGCAAGGAAGAGUCGAGGUGCGAGAAAAUUGCGAACUUGCUUGUGGAGGGAAAGAAGGGCGCGGAUUUGGAGAAGGCUGUGAGCCUCUCCGCAGUCCCACUAACCCACAUGUUCAAACGCUCUCUCUCCCUUCCGUCAAGCAACCCGCGCUCAACACUCCCGGCAAUUACAAUCACUCUUCCAUCCGACGCCACGUCGCCAGGAGACGGGGAAGCCAGCAGGAUGGGUACACCAGGCACACCAUCAUUGCGUCGUCCUCCCUAUUCUCAAAGAGAUACCGCCGCCUUAUUCCCACUCCUCUGCACUCCCUUUACAUCCUACGGCCCUCGACAUCUCCAGUCUGAGGAUGAAGAAGCACGUCGAAGGAGUGAGUUAUCCCAAAAGGGCUGGUACUGGUGGCUGUCGUCGGGUUUGGAAGACCAGAUCGCUGACUCGGGCUGUGAGCGGCCGAUGAUCGCUGAUGGGAUGGGAUAUGAAGAUCCUGUCGGACAGUACGAUUAUCAGUACAUCGAGCAAUAUGACCGACGUCCCUCUCUCGACCCUAUCCCGCCACCUGUGUCGACAGACCCCUCAAACUACUUCUACACCUCCCCAUCCGCACCGCUCCCCGCUUCGUCAUUUUCCACCUUGUCUGGUUGGGCUGGCGAUUAUAAGUAUGACGAAACUUCCCAUCGACAAACUUCAUCAGCCGUUAACGCGACGGUGUCAGCACCAAUCCCGGCAUGGUACGAAGCCCCUGGUUGGGAGGCCCAUGAACAUCAGUUCAACCAUCCUAGUCUCUACUUUAGCCCGGACGAUUGGGAUCGGAUAGAGGUGAACCAUGAGGAAGAUCGCCACAUUGGAAGACGAUCGUGA